GUGCUGUGAUGUGCUGAUCUCCCAGUGUGGCUGCCCCGUGGACAGUCUGACAAAAAUCAGUGCACACCUCUGUUCUAUGCCAUAUCGUUUGGGCAUGGAAACUGCACUUCUCUUCUCUUACAAAAGGGGGCAUCACCAAAUCACCAGGACAUCAAAGGAAGGAGUCCUGCCUACUGUGCUGCAGCGAAGGGCCAGACCUCCAUGGUGCCCUUCCUCAUAGAGCAUGGUGGGUCCCUGGAUGUCCCCACUCAGGACGGGGAAACGGCACUGCUGGAGGCUGUCAAAGGAGGACAUACAGACAUGGUGAAGCAGCUGCUGGCGGCUGACUGUGAUGUGAAUGCUGUGACAAGAUCUGGCAGGUCGGCCCUACACGAGGCUGCAGAGAAAAACAACCUGGAGAUGUGCCGUCUGAUCAUAGAUGCUGGUGGCAAGAGGAACCUGCUGGUCCGGGAUGGACAGGGCAACAGUAUGACAGCAAGAGAGCUUGCUGAGCAUAAUGGACACAGAGAACUGGCCAACUACCUGAGGUCCAGGGGAACAGCAGAGUCUGCAAAAGUCAAGAACCAGGCAGCCAGGACAGUCACCCGUGCUGUCCGGAAGGCUGGGUCCAUCAGGAAAGGACAAAAGGAAGAGGAAAUGAGACAAAGAGAAGAGAAGAAAGAAGGGGAAGAAGAGGAACAGAGACAAAGAGAAGAACAAAUGCAAAAGGAGGAAAAGCAAAAGAUGCAGUUUGUGAGGGAAGAGGCCCUGAAACAACAAGCUAAAGAACUUGUUGAAACUGUGAUACUAGAAGCUUUGUCUGAAGAGGAAAAGAGGCUAGAAGAAGAACAAAAGGAGAGUGAAAAUCAGAGAAGAACUAAUGACAGUUGUGAGAUGGAAGCUGAAAAAGGUAAUGACGAUUAUAAACAAACUACAGAGGCAAAAAAUAUGGAUGUCUCUGAUGAACAGACUGUUAAUCCCAACAAAGACGAAAUACUGAAACCUAUUGAAACAGGUUUAGAAGAUGAAAAGGCAAAGGAUGACACUAACAAUUGUUGUCCUUCUGAUACAGAGGAGCAAAAUGAUGCUAAGGAAGAGACAAUGAAAGCUUCUCACCCUGUUGAUGACAAAACAGGAAAACUUCCUGAAACAGAUGAGCAGACAAUGUACAAUGUUGAAGAUUCCUGUUCCUCCAGUGAAGAGGAAUGCGAUGAGGAGGAGGAUUUUGACCCUGCUCACCAUGGCAAUGACAAUGAAGUGAAUCCUGUUGGAGCAGCCUUAAAAGGUGAGAAAACAACUGAAGAGGCUAAUGAGGACUGUUCAUCUGAUGUGGGAAAACAUUCCAUCAUCAGCUUUGGCAGUCGAUCCUGUUCUCCGUCAUCUUCUCCACAGCAUCACAGCUCUCCCAGCCCAACAAGGUAUACAGAGAAAACAGAGGGAAAGAAGAAAAAGAAAGAUAAAAAGGGAAAGGCAUCAAAAGAGCACUCAGACAGUGACGCACAGACCACAAAAGGCCCAGAAGUAACACCAAAUGUUCAAACAUGGGACAUUUCAUCAGACUUCAGUAAUAGUGUACAAACAGAAGAUAACAAGCAGGAAGAUACAUUGGAGAAAUAUGACUGUAAGGAAGAAGACAAGAGAUCUACUGUAACAGGGGAUGAUGAAACAACAGACGGGGUAGAUAGAGAAAUGGAUGUAGAUAAACACAGAGACAGCCAGGAAGACUGCAGUCUGUCUGCAAAUAAACUUUCAUCCCCUCCAGUUGCUUCUGAUGAGACUAAGGAAGCUGACGAUGCAAAGGUUGGGCAAAAUGAUGUUGAGGUCAAUCAUCCAAUGCAGGCAUCUGAUGAAAUCAACUCUGGGUACCAAGAAAGCAAGACUGCAGAGCAAACCUCCGAGACACCAGAAACUCAGCCAUCCAUGCAGAUCCUCCAGACUAUUUUGCAGGAUGAACAUGAAGACAGCGAGCAGGAUCAAAAAGCCAACAGCAAAGAAAAGAAGAAGGUUCACAUCGUUGCUCCCACAACCUCCGAUAAAGUUGACAAGACUGUGUCAGCACAGAGGGAAACAAAGUGGGUGAGAAAUGUGAAGAUACAAGCCAAUAUGGACGUGAGAACCAUGCGCAAGUCAGCAGGGAUUCAGUGCAACUUUGUCAACACACCUGCAUCUCCAAACUUGAUUAAGGGGAUUCAGGCUAACCCCCUGUUUCAGGACAAUGUGAAUGUGAAAGACAUGAUGGACAACUACUACCUGCAGAACAGACGGAGACGGCUGCGGCCGAGCUCAGCUCCCUUCCCUGUUGCCCUGAACAAAAGUGUUCUGGUGAUGAGUCCAAGAAAGAGCAGGCUACAGGAGUGGAAGAAAGAUCUUGAUCAGAAGAUACCAGAAACAGUUAAAGAAACUGACAACCAACAAAAUGGAGGGAUGCCCUUUUCAGCCCUGCUGCAGGAGGAAGAGAGGAUUUUGAGGGAAGUCAGUGCCAGCACAGGUCCAGAGCAGAUAGAGCACUUGAAAAGGAGACUUGCCUACAUCCAACGUCUGCUACAGUUCAAUGCUGAAGUCACCAGGAUGGCAAAGGAAGAAGAGAGGAAGCUAUGCAGGGAACUGUUAGACCAGGAGAGACAGCAGAAGCAACUGAAGGAGAGAGAAAUGAGGAGGCAGCAGAUGGUGGAGGAGGAAAUGAAGGCCAUGACAGACUUCUUUGAGAACCUGAAAACUCAGAUCAGCCCAGGUAGCGGAAGCCCCAAUGGAGAGGCAUCCUCCCAGACAUCUCCACGGUCUGCAGCCAGCAGGGAGCACUCACCCCCCUCCCACAGUAACUCAUCCCACCACUGCAGGGAGCCCUUUCACACCCGUCAUCAAAUCGAGCAUUCUACCCAGACGGGCCAAGACAACAGAGACAGCUACGAUGAAUUUUACGACGGCAUUGUGCUGCCACCUCAACCCAGCAGGGCCUCGUUUACACACAGGGAGCGAUCAUCACGCCGCAACAAACGCUCUCCGCACCGCAGGCAUCAUUCAUCUCCACGACAACAUCAGCAAUCACCAGAGUACAGGGAUCUCACCCCACCCCACCAUAGGGAGAAAACGUACAGCCGCCACAGAGGACCCUCCCCUCAGCACAAGAGCAGGCAUCGGUCAUCAAGCUCCAGUCCAAAGCCAGGUGAGACACGCCACUGAUCAACUCUAUGAAGC